AUGGUGCCCUGCCAGAAAAGUGGCGUCUUAAUGAAGUGCAGAAGUAGACUAAAAGACUUGCUUGCUCUAAUAAAAGCACAUGCAUGCAUCACGACGAGGAAUGAUUGUCUAGAUUCAUCUUACACUGACUUGACUCAUGCAGAUGCUAGCACUAAUCUGAAAAUGGAAAAAAAUCAAAGAGGUGGUGGUACACAAGAUAGUUCAAUAAUGAAGUCUGUUGAUCAAAGAGUGCGCUCUAAGGGGCGAAAUGACAUAGUGACUCGGCGGCUGAAGAAUCGAGAAAGACAACGAAGGUAUAGGGCACGGAAGCGUCUGGAAGCUGAAAUAAAGAAGUCAAUUGUUGUAGAAGAGACACCAACUGUGAAAGUAGAGCAACCACCAAAUGGGAACCACAACAACAACUGCAUGGCCCGCAUAUAUUGUAAACGAGAUUGGAAGAAGGAUGCAAGACGUGCCCAUGUGUUAAAACAGAAACAGAUGAAUGGAUCUGUUGAUCCUCCAACCAUAACUAGUAUACCUGAGGUGUCUUGCUUAACCAUUGGAAAUAAGUCAGAAACAGUGCCAGAGAAGGAAAGUCAGUCUGGAUCUUCAAGUGUUGGUAAAACUGAAACUCCAAGAGUGGUUCUGAGUCGAAGAGAUUGGAAAGCAGAAGCUAGAAGAAAGAAAAACUAG